GACUGCGCAUGCGUGCACUAGCAUGGCGGCGCUGGCUCGUACCGGCCGUGGAAGUUGCGAGACCAUGAACAUUGGAAAGUUUUAGCGGCGGAAAUGGGCUGUUAGCUGUGGCAUUUGAACGUCGAAAGCCCUGGGCAGAGAGUGAACCCCCCACAGAGACAGAGGGAGAACCAUGACAGCGAACGAGGACCAAGAGAUGGAGCUGGAGGCCCUUCGCUCCAUCUAUGAGGGGGAUGAGGGUUUCAAGGAAAUCAGUCCAGUGUCCUUUCAGUUUAGGAUAGGAGACCUUGAGGACACCAAAGCAUUCAUCCUGGACAUCACGUGGCCAGAGAUGUACCCCGAAUCGGCCCCGCAAAUCUCCCUCGACGCCUUUUUCAACAACCGGCUCUCUGCAGAGACCAAGCAGCUGAUCCUGUUGAAGCUGGAGGAGCAGGUGGAGACUAACCUGGGGACCGCCAUGAUGUACACCCUGUUUGAGUGGGCCAAGGAAAACCAGGAGGGCCUCAUGGAGAACCACAAGCCCGUAGUGACUGCUGUGACGUUGACGCCCAGCAGUGAGGUCACGUCCACUGGCCCGACAUCCAGGAAGAGGGAGAAGAAAGAACAGCUGACGAAAUCUCAGAAGAGAAGGAUCAUCAACAGAACAGAUAACAAGGGAGAGCUUCCAAGAGGUUGGGACUGGGUGGACGUUAUCAAACAUUUGAGUAAAACGGGAGGGAAAGAUGACGACUAAAUCCGAGGGCAGUGAUCUGGUGCUGCUUUACACAAGUAGCUGCCGAUGUGUCUGGAGUCACUGCUGCCGCCCGUUGCUGCUGCUGUUCCAGAAGCUCCUUCACAUCCAACCUCACCUACAAGUUACCUACCACUCAUAGUGGUCACUACCACCCUGACAACAAAGGAAGGCUGGGUAACGGUGGACUUCAGGACACACACACGGAGACACACACACACACUUAUUCAGCUUAACUGAGACUUUGAGCUGGGAUUCAUCAGAAGCCCUCACUCUGUUUUCUGUGUUUGUGGUGUUUGUGUAAGCCGACACCAGGUUCUGCUCAUUUAACCCUCCGAUGUUCCCCUCCGUCAUCCAUCAGGGUGGAGUGACCUUGAUAUACUGCUGUCACUGCCAUGUUUUCAGUCGGUGAGGUCAGGCCCAGCUGUCAGGCCCUGAGCCGUAACUGUUGGGAUUGUGCUUCUGAGUGGACGUGUCCAAAGUGUCAAGUGGCAUCCUGCUGUUACUCUGAGGCAUCAUGUGACUUUUGUGAAAAGCAGAGAUUUUUUUUAAUAACUUACACAAUGUUACGCCUGUUUCUUAUUUUGAGUAUUAUUUUUCCCCCCUAUGAAGUGAAAACCUUAACAUUUUUAUAUAUUUAAAUAAAACCACCUUUGGUCUGCUGCUGGUCUAAUAUUGUCAUUUACCAUCGGUUCAUAUAAAUUUGUGUUUAAUCUGCUAAAUUAUAUGAAUAAGUACUUUCUCCUGCAGCAGUUUUGUGUAAACAUCAGUCAGUUCCCACUGUUUUUAUAACUGCAAACAUUUCUCUGAACACAUGAGCAUGCAGCAAAGACUCCUCAGAUUCUUCAGGAGCACCCACCUACCUGAAGGCCGCCAUUCAUCAGCCCCGGUUACUUUUGUUUCUAGGUCACAUUGAAAGGUGUAAUUUCAUUAUGUCUGUCCCAAAAGUGUGAAGUUAGAAAAGUAAACCUGAGGUACGAAGGGGAAAUAAAACAAUGUGAUGGAUCUGUCCUAUUUAA